AAGCUGUGACUCACAGUGAUUGCUCCCUUUCUGUCUACUUCUUUUCAAUUGGUUUCUCACUGCCAUUUUUUUCUUAUCUUCAAACCAAAUACUGGGCUUCAGAAUUGCCACUGGGCUUGAUAACUACCACUGUGAUGUGCAUUCUAUCAGAAACAAAAAACUUUUCACUCACUUUCUAAAAUUUGUUUCCUUAUUUUAUUUUAUUUUUUGGAUUUUCUUUCAUCUCAAUUAUCAAUUCUCUGUCAUUUUAUACCUCUAUCUUACACUAUCUGCCACAUGUUCUUUUUCCCUCUUUUAUCACACCAAUCAUCAAACCCAAAAUAUACCCACUUAAUCAACUCCAUGCAAAAGCCUAACAUAAACUGUCCACAAAUUUUCACACAGUUGCUACUUCCUAACUUCAUUUUGAUGCUUUUUAUGUCUUAAUUAAUCAUACAAAUUAAUACUUAGAUUUAGCUUUUUUGAAUUUUGAGCAUAAAUUUUGAUAAUUGGAAAUGGGUUUGAGGAAGAUUCCAUGGGGAGGUCUUUUACUGAGUCGUUGGGUGUUCUUCUGCAUUCUGUGCUUUAAAGCUGUUUGUGAUGUACCAGAAUUCUCUCUGAAGUUCUUGCAGGGUCCACCUCAGUUCUCACCUCUCAACUCAGCUUCAUUUUCUUUUGAAGCUUCACUAGCAACCACAACUCAAUCUUGCUCUGACUGUAGCUUCAAUUGCAAGUUAGAUGAUGCUAUUGCCUCAGAUUGUGGGGGAAAGAAUGUUUCUUUCGUGGGGUUGCAGGAUGGGUAUCAUAGCUUGCAGGUCUGCGCCAAUGCAUCUCAAGGAGUUCGUUGUGCUAGCUAUAACUGGACUAUAGAUACAGUUCACCCUACAGCAUACAUUUCAGCUUCCACAUCUUUCGCGAGCUCUCUCAAUGUUACUGCGUAUAUUUCCUUCAGCGAACCUUGUAAUGGUGGAGGUGGUGGCUUCAGGUGCUUAUCUGUCAAUGCCUGCAACCUUCUUGUGUAUGGUUCUGGUCAAGUUAUACCAAAUACACUUCAAAUUAUCCAACCAAACCUCAAAUACUCAAUAGUUAUCAGUUUAUCUCCUGAUAUUCAAUAUGGAAGGGCGGUACUUGUUAUGGAUAGAGGUUUCUGUACCGAUAAUGCUGGAAAUCGUUUUAUCAGACCAAUAAAUUCUACUUUCGUUGUACAUUUUGAUAGAAGAAGGGUUUCUGCUAGUCUAAGAACCCAUGUGCCUGAAAAGCUGCUUCAGCUAGGUGGUGACACUAGAACUGUGCAGGCAACUAACAGUUUCAAGAAUCUCAAAGUCUAUCUUUACUUCACAGAGCCUGUGUCAAAUACAUCAACAGAAAUUUUGAGUGCUAUCAAUACAACACAGGGAAUGCUUCGCCCUAUUAACGGAAGUAGCCUUGCCAAUAGAAGAUUUGGAUAUAUGAUUGAAAAUAUACCAGAUGUUACCAUUAUUACAGUGAGCCUUAAUUCAAGUGGUGUCAUCAGUAGACAGGGUUCUCCUGUUUCUCCAGUUGCUCCUGCUAUAUUUCUUUAUGAUUCAAAGAGGCCAGCAGUGAGGUUGAGCACAACCUCUAAAAUGAAAACAAAAGAUAGUAGUAUUACAGUCUCAAUUAAGUUUCUGAAACCAGUUUUCGGUUUCAAUUCUAGCCACGUUUCUGUUUCUGGAGGUCACGUAGAGAGCUUCGAAGAAAUGACUAAGAGUUUAUACGUUGCAAUAAUACAAGCCUUCGAGGGUAUACUGUCUGUCAGCGUUGCUGAAAAUAUGACUGCAGAUGUUGCAGGGAAUCCAAAUUUGGCUUCUAAUGUCUUACAAGUGAGGCACUAUUCUUUGCCUAUGAUAUCUACCAUCUUUUGCAUCAUUGUUACAGCAUUGUUCGUGGCAACAUGUUUGGUAGCUGGUCUUCUCACUAUAUCCACAGCAAGCCUACAGUCUGCUGGAGCAUUUCCAAGAUCAUCAUCCUCACUCACUUCUGACCCUACAAAGAAUCUCUUUAGAAUUGCGUGCUACAUUCAAGUAUUUGCAUUCUCAAGGUGGCUAGCCGUCACUCUUCCUGUUGAGUAUUAUGAAUUUACUCGAGGCAUACAAUGGAGUGUUCCCUACUUAUGUCUUCCAUGGGAUAGCGACCAUUCUCAACCCAUGGGUUUCAGUCCCAACACCUCCAUAAGUUCACAUUUCUUUAGGAAUGAACUUAAUAGCAUUGCACAAACAGUACAAUAUGUCAAAGGCAACUUGAAUAAAGCUGGAGUUGUUUAUGGUGCUCCACUCACUGCAAUGGAGUAUAGAUCUUUCUUUGAGAGCCAAAAUAUUAUCCCAGAAGCUGAAUACAUAACAGGAUCUGAUAGUUCAUCCAGAUGGAAGGAUUUUGAGAGGAGCAUGUUCUGGUUGGCUAUAAUCGGUGGCAGUUUGAUCAUACUCCAUAUUUUCCUUCUCUUAGUACUAAAGCUCAGAAGGAAUUCCUCAAGAGUAAAGACUUAUGGUGCUCUUGUAUUACCGCGAUUUGAGAUAUUCCUUAUAAUUCUAGCUGUACCUUGCAUCUGUUUCGCUUCAGCAGUCAUAAUCAAAGGGAAAACAACUGCAGGAACAAUAAUUGGUGUUCUACUACUGAUUUUCACAUCCUCUUUUCAACUAGCCUUAUUUGUGUUCCUCUCUUAUGGGAUCACAUUAGGAUGGUUACUUCAAUACAAGGAAGUUCAUCAAGUAGGAAGAAAAUUCCAUUGGUAUCAAGAACUAAUCCGAGUUACCCUAGGUCCAGGUAAAAGGGGUCAAUGGACAUGGAAAAACCCAGCAAAUUCCAUAUACUUAACCAAGUUUGGCCCUUUAUUCGAAGAUCUUCGGGGCCCACCAAAGUACAUGCUCUCAAUGAUCACAGGCACGAAUCACAUGCCGGUGGGCACAAUCAUUGCCUCUGAAGACGAAACUGAAGAUGCCGAAGCACCUUUUAUUCAGAAAUUGUUCGGUAUUCUGAGAAUUUACUACACCUUCCUCGAAUCCAUAAAACGGUUCUUACUAGGAAUUUUAGCCGGUUUAUACUUUGAGAAACCGUUCUCUAAGUCUCCUGCUACAAUAUUGCUAUGCAUUACUUCAUUCCAGCUUUUCUUCCUAGUACUUAAGAAGCCAUACAUCAAGAAAAAGGUGCAACUAGUUGAGAUCAUAUCAAUUGCUUGUGAAAUGGGCAUGUUUGGGGCUUGUUUGGCUUUAUUAGACAGAGAAUUCUCUACUGAAGCUGAGAGGGGAAUUGGGAUAUUCAUGCUUUCUCUGUUUUUAUUCGGGUUUGUUUCUUUGAUGAUCAAUGAGUGGUAUGCUUUGUUUAAGCAAAUACGAAAGCUUGACACUUUGAAGAAAUCGUUUUUGGUGGGGUUAAGAACUGCUUUUGUAGGGUUCUUCCUACUCUUUGUUCCUGUAAAAAAUGUCGACAAAUGGAUGCCAGAGGAUAUAGUAGAGCGAGAUAACAGAGAAAUUGGUAGACUGAAUUCAACAGGUAAUGAAAGAAGUAGUAGGAGCUCAAGCACGACUGAUAAGCCAUGGUUGAAACAACUGAGGGAAAUGGCUAAGGCUAGCUUUAAAGAAGGAAGUUGGAAUGCUGCAAAUGAUCCUUCAAGUAGUACUUCAAAAUGGAGCGAGUUUUGGCGUGGGAAGAGUGGAAGUUCAUCGUCAACUAAGACUCCUUCGUCUGAUUUUAAGUCCAGGCCAAAGAGUUUGUAUAAAGAUUUGGAAGCCAUUUUUGCAUCCAAGUAAGAUCUGAGAAAUGUAUACUUAUUACUUCCCCAAAUAUGUAAUGUGAAACUCCAUCACUGGAUGUUUAUAAAUGUUAAGACACAUAGUUAAUAAAAAAAAGUCUGAUAGUUAUGUCUGUUUUUACUUGGUUAUAUAAAAGAUAUCAGUUGGCUGCUCUAGAGAAUAAGGGGUUUUUCUGUCCCACAUUGAGAAGACAGAAGAGGAUGAAGCAGCAUGUUGGCAUAAAUAGAGAGGUGCGUGCCUUGAACAAGUCAUACCUUUCUCGGCCUUUUGGCUAAGAUCAAGUGUAGUAUCUGUUCUUAUCAGUUUAAUAUCUGAUACGUGGGCCAAUGGCCUACAACGAUAUUAAAUUUAUUUUUUAAGGGAGAAGGCCCAUCACAGUAGCUUGCUGCUGGGGUCUUCAAGCGUCGCUCAUGCGUUGCACUACUGCACGGGCCUGGCGCAUCCCACCAA